UGUGUAUUAGCUGGAGCGAAAAACCUUUCAGGAGCAUCAAGUCUCCCCAAGGAAAAUCUUAAUCGUUAACAGAUGGAGAGCCCGAUCACUUUUCGUGAGAGUCAGUCGCAGUUGACAAGUCAAUUUCAUUUCACCUCCGCGGACCAUCACGAGAAGAGCUUAAAGCGAAAGCGAAGAAGGAAAUCCCCAACACAGCAAAUCGCACAACGACAUGCAGCAAACUUACGCGAACGAAAACGAAUGCAAAGCAUAAACGAGGCAUUCGAGGGCCUUCGACAUCACAUCCCCACGCUACCUUACGAAAAAAGACUAUCGAAAGUCGACACUUUACGACUAGCUAUCGGAUACAUUGGUUUUCUUACAGAAAUGAUUAGUUCGGAUAUGAGCCACAGUCAAGCGCUACAACCAACAUCUUCGGAACAACCCAGAAAAGUUAUGAUAUGCCAUAGAGGUUUCGGUACUCAAGAGUACGGUCUUCCGCCAUUAACAGGCCAUUCACUGUCGUGGACAGAUUCGAAGAAACCCAAACUAUCGUCCAGUAUUAUGAAAGCGAAAAUUUGGACCCCUGAAGAUCCUAGAAUACAUAACAAUGCAAUGUAUCCUUCGCCUUUGUGAGAAAAGGAAAAUACUGUUAAUUACACUUUAUGCCACGGCAAGGAAAAUAUUGAACUUUAAUUGCAAUUUAGCAGAGGUAGAAUUAUUUUUUAAUGAUUAGCUUGUGAGGAUGACAUUGUAAUAUAUCUGGAAGCCCGAACGAAGUUUUAAUAUAAAGAGAGAUUUUUUUUUUCAUUUGUGGGUUAGUGUAGUGUGUCGUGUUUGCAUUUUUCUCUGAGGGAGGAAUUCUAAUCAAAUAAACUUAACGGUGACUGGUUUUUCUGUAAAACGUUUUUGUAAAUUUUUUCUCUCUCCAAGCUAAACACAUCUAGAAUUUGUACAUUAAAAAACGUUGAAUUCCACAUUACUUGUGUG